AUGUCAGAAUAUUGGGUGUCCCGCAAACGUCAUCACUGUAAGUAUUGUAACAUCUAUAUCGCAGACGAUGUUCCAUCCAGGCAGCACCACGAGAAUGGAGUCCGUCACAAAGGCAAUGUCGAACGGUUUGUACGCGGGCUGUACAAGGCUACCAGGGCCGAGGAGACACGUGAGAUGGAGAAGAUCAACAAAGCCGCGACCGCCGCAUACGCUCAAGACGUAGGUGUUGGACUUGGGGGGGUCGGGCCAUCUUCACGUGGUGCUCCUGUUGCAACACCUGCGCAAAAGAAGCCUCAAACAAAUCCAUAUGCCAACUACUCGACGCCUGCAUCGCUAGGAUACGCUGAUCCUGAUGCGGAGCGGACUAAGGCAGCGGCGGAUAUCAGUCAAACGAUGGGCGUCGCAGGAGACUGGCAAUAUGUCCAGAAUCAUGCAUCGGGAUCUCCUGCACGGAAUGAGGUUCCAAGCGUCAAGGGUAACAAUAAACGUGAAGCCCUGGUGGAUGAUAUCGAGGGCGGGCAUAUUUUCAAGCUGAGGAAGAAGACGGUUAGUAUUGGAUUGAGGGAGUUGUAUGACCCGGGAGUUAUCAAGGUGAAAGUGAAGAAGGAGUUGAUGGUACCGCAGCCUGCUCCGUCGAAGACUCUGUGAGUUACCUUUGAUCAUA